UUGGGGAUUUUUUAGCUUGAAAACGCUCACUCGUCACCAGUUCCCUGAUUGCAUAUUUAUAAGCGCAGUCAAUUAUAUUGUGCAAUCGUCUGAUUCAUACUUUAACACAAAAGAUCGGUAUUUUACGUUUUAUGGCCGGAAAGAAUCGUCUUUGUUGGCAUGGUAACUAAAGAAGGGAUCUUCGGCUGUCUGUUGAGCUUAAUUUGGUUGCAUUUCUACGUUUAGUGAUGGCUUUAUCGGCGUUUAUGUUAAGGAUUUUCAACCAGGCUGCUUUCCCAUAUAUAGUGUAUUUCAAUUAUUUGAAUGUAUGUCAUGGAGACAAUUAAUCUUAAAUCAUGUCUAAGCGUAAACAGCACUUCGAUAUUGGUGCCUGGGCAAGAGAAAAUAAGGCGAAACGACAAGAAAUCGUCGCAAAUAACCGUACGAUUUCGGAUUUGAAAGAUUGUAUUCAAGCAAGUGAGAGAGAAAUUAAAGAUCUCAAGAGGAAGAGGGGACUGUUAGUAAAUGAAAAAGUCAAGCUCCCACAUCAUUCCCAUCCAAAGACUUCAUCAGUUGUUAACCAAACCUGUAGCGAGAAGCUUGAUCUUCCUGAGAGUACAGCACGAAAAAGAAGGAGGUUGAUGUUUGAUCAAGCAGAAAGAAUAAAUGCUAAGUCUUCUGAUGAUAAGAGCUUGAAAAGGAAGUCUGCUUUGGAUGGCUUAUGGAGUACUUUAAUUAAUUCCACUACAGCACAUGAGAUGAGAUCGUACAUGGAAAAAUCUCCAUUGGUUAUUUCAAAUGUUAUUCCCUCUAUCAUUAAUGAAUCAGUGGUUAAAUAUGAGCACAGCCAAAAGAACCUGGUGCGGUCACUAGGAGUUCUCUAUGAAGGUGGUGUUUCCAGCAAAAAACAAUACAACAGGAAGCGAAGUCGAGAAGUAUUUGAAACUGAUGAUCAUGGUAAGAAGCACCAAAUUACAUACAUGAAAGGAUGCAAAGUUCCCAAGCUUAUGGAAUACAAAAAAGUGAGGCGCUUUGUAAAUUCUGUUGACAUUGGCGAACUGAAAGAGAUUCCAAGAGCCAACCAUUCAGCUCUUGACAAACAGCAACAAUCUGACGAUGAAAGCAGUGGUGAGCAUGCUGUGUCAGGUUGUUAUAGAGAGUUAGAGUCCUUCCUACUUAAGAUAGCUAGCCUGUAUUUAGUUCUAGAUAAUGCACAACCUGGGUUUCUUAAUUGGUUUGGUUUACGUAAAGGCAUGUUUCAGGUAUCAAUAGGAGCAGAUGGGGCCCCAUUUGGUAAAUAUAACCAGGCAACAGCUUGGCUUGUUUCAUUUUUAAAUGUCGCUGAUAGAGUCGCAAGCUGUGAUGAAAACUACUUAAUAUGUGGGGCAAAUUGCUCAGAAGAGCACCAAUCAAUGAUUGAGUAUGGUAAGUUACUUAGAAAAGAGAUGGAAAUUAUUGAAAAGAAAACAUACCUCAUUGAGGGAAUUUCCAUCUCUUUUUCAUUUGAGUUAUUGCCAGCAGAUAUGAAGUGGUUAGCAUUUAUCUCUGGGGAGCUUCCUAACUCAGCCACCUAUUUUUCUUCAUUUGCCAACGUUUCGGAAUCCGAAAAGAGUCAAAUGGGUAAAACUUUUGGGUCAACUAGUGAUGAUUAUUUUCAACCAUGGGACUACCAAAAACGUUUGGAGGUUGUAAAACGUGUUGAAAAGUACAAGAGUAAGCUUACCCAAAAGCAGCUAGUUGGCCGCACUAAGGUAACUCAAUUCAUUGCAAGUCAAAAAUCUCGACAAGAAUUUGAACCUAUUUUGGGGCCUUUUAUAGACAAGGCUGUUGUAGAACCAUUACAUCUGGCAAACAAUAAUUGGCAAUUUUUGUUCACAGAAUUGUUCGAAUAUGUUUUGUACUCAAAAACAGUAAUUCCAUGUAGUGCCAAAAAAAUAACAGAUUUACCAAAGAGCUGCUGUUUGAGAAAGUUUUUGUCAUGUUUAAAAAAGAAAGUAAAAGCAAAUAGGCUGUAUAACUCAAUUCUUCGGUGGUUUAGAGAAGGUCGUAAAACUGGCAAUGCUUUUCACUUCAGAUUCACUGGUCAAGAAACCAGGUUGAUGUGUAAUGGUUUUUCAAAACUAGUGAAGGUUUUACUGCCAAACAAUUUAGACUGUUAUGAAGAUCUUAUUGUCUAUGCUAUAUCAUUUAUGGCAAUUAAUCUCAGGGAUGCAGUGUCCAUAUUUUCACGAAUAACAGAUAUGAGACAGGAGCUCCUUGCUAAGUUAAAUAGGUGUUGUGUUAACUACUUUAAUGCAGCUGCAUUAUUUCUCAGUAGGAUUACGGUUAGUGUUUGAACAGUGGGCAAUGUAGUACCAGUGCAUGCCAAUAAGUUGUUUGAAAAGUUCAAAACAGGAUUGGGUUUAAACACCAUGCAGGGACGGGAGGCAAAACACCAACGAUUGGGGGAAUACUCUAAAAAUACCACAUAUCAGCACAGAUGGCAACAAAUUUUCAGACAUGAAUAUAUCGCAUUAGUUUGGAUGAGGGAACAAAACCCAUACAUUGAUACUUACUGUAAGACCACAUUUAAGUAUGUGCCUGAACGAUGUAAU